CAUCAAGAAUUUGAAGUUUUCCUCCUUUGAUUUCUAGGAUGCUGACAUUCUUAUGUUGAUCAACCUUCUGAAGAUAUAAAUAUUCUCAUGGAUCUUUACUCUUUUUAAUUCUAACAUUUUGGUGUGUUUCUCUGAUCAUUCAGGUUUUUUAAAAUUCACAUCGUCCUCUUCAAUCAAAGGCGAUUACUUGAUGGAAAUCUCUUCGGCUAAAGGGAUAUCUGAAAUGGAAUUGGAUGAUUCCGCCUUCUUCAAUCAAUACCAAAUGAACCCUCUUGAAUACACAUUGGAGGGGCUCGAUUUUCAAUCUUUUUAUUCUGAUAGUUAUUACCCAGAAAUUACUCAAAACAGCGGCGGUUCUUACAUUGAAGCUUCUCAAAGCGGUGUCGAGAGGCCGGCAAAACAGUUGAGGACCAAUAGCUGGAACUCUUGCACCACUGAACUCACCGCUUGCAGGCAUUCUCCUUCUUCUUCCUCACAAAUUAUUUCUUUCGACAACUCAGUCUCAUCGUCUUCAGCCAUUAACCAGCAAGCUUAUGGUUUAAAAUAUUCCAUGAAUCCUAAGAACGAGGCAGCUGGGUCUCUUAGAAACAGCAAAUUGUCAUCUGUGAUUUCGCACGGUUGCCGUCAGCCUCAAGAUCAUGUAAUAGCAGAACGAAAGCGACGAGAGAAACUCAACCAGAGGUUCAUAGCUCUCUCAGCUCUUGUGCCUGGGCUUAAGAAGACAGACAAAGCAACCGUCCUUGCUGAUGCUAUCAUGUACAUGAAACAACUUCAAGAACGUGUUAAGACUCUUGAAGACCAGGCAGCAAAGAAAACAAUGGAAUCAACGAUUAUCGUGAAGAAAUGUCAAAUCUAUUCUGAUGAUGAAACGUCUUCGUCCAAUGAGAAUCUGGAUACUCAGUACCUUCCUGAAAUCGAAGCUAGAGUUUCCGAUAGGGAUGUACUUUUAAGAAUCCACUGCGAGCAGAACAAGGGAUGCCUAGCGAAAAUACUCGGCGAAGUUGAAAAGCUUCAUCUAAGGGUUCUCAAUAAUAAUGUGCUUUCAUUCGGAAACUCCACUCUUGAUGUAACAAUUGUAGCACAGAUGGACAAUGAAUUUGACAUUACAGUUAAGGAGCUUGUGAAAAAACUACGACUGGCUGUGCUGCAAUCCAUGAUGUGAAGUAAAAAUCCAUGUUCUAUUUUAUGCUCUCCAAUGCUUUAGAAUAAAAUUUAGGUUGGUUGCACAAGGAGUAGUUUGAACAGUAAAGUAAAGAAGAUUCACUUAAUAAAAAGGGUAAAAGUUCAAAUCUCUUUGAUAAUAUUCAAAAAUUAAACUUUUGAUAUGGGUUAAUCUAGGUUUCUUUUUUAUUUUUAAUAUACGGUUUGUUUUUCCCCAACCUUGGGAGAGAAUCGAAAGGCCUGCAACCGUGGUUCCCAUGGUUUUGUUGAGCUGCUAGGUUAAAUUUUACACUAGGGUUUUUACUGUGUUUUUUGCGUGGUUGACCGGUUGACCACGUUCAAUCGUCCAGUUGCUGUAUUUAGGUACCGGUAGCAUGGUGUUUUUUUUUUUUCCCGACAGAUUUUGGAUUUUCUUGUCCGUUUUCUUUCUCUUCAUUUAUCUAUGUAAAUGGUGAUGCAGGCAAAUCUCUGUCAGGUCGAACAUGCUUAAUUUUUAGGCUUUUUUUAUCAUUUGCAAACUUCCUUGUAACAAAACACUUAAAACUUAAUGUGAUCUGUUAAUUAUGUUAGUGUGAA